CUGCUAUUUCUUGCUUAGGAGUCUUUAGGGUUUUAGCGAGAGAGAGAGAGAGACAAUGUGGAGAUCAGGGCUGAGGUUGUCUCGCCGCCGGCUGCGGCGGAGCUCGCAUUCGCUCGGGAUCUCGCCGGCGACCCCGUCGGAAGCUCCUCCUCCUCCUGCUUCGGCGCCCACUCGUCUGUGCUCCCUCGUCUUCCCCAGGGCUCCCUUGAACUGGAACGCCAGAUCCAUCUCCCACCGGUCUUUCAGCUCCGGCGAGGCCGGCGGGCUCGACGGCGAGGCGCCGCGUCUCGGCGCGGAUGCCGGCGGCCGGAUGGUGGGCGACGUCGCGGCCGAAGGAGAAGAAGACGUGGGCGGCGGCGGCGGCGGCGGCGGCGAAGGCGAAGGCGACGGAGGCGCGGAGGAGGCCGUCGAGAUCGACCUCGAGCAGUUGGAGCGCGUGCUGUCGCUAUUGCAGAGCACCGCCGACGGGUCGUUGGAGUCGACCCUCGACGAGAUGCGCUUGGCCCUGCAUCCGCAGUUCGUCAUUAGCGUGCUCGAGACCCCGCUCCUCGUGGGCGACAACGUCCUCCGUUUCUUCAGGUGGGCUUCCUCCAAGCAUUCCGAUUUCGAGGUGACCACCCCCGUUCUCCGAGCUCUCGUUCCGUGCAUUUGCGGUGGGGGCGGCGUCGGCAGCGGCCAUUUGAGGCGGAGAGACGUGUACGCGUUGUGGGAUUUGAUCAAGGAGGUCGGGGAGAAGGGGAACGGCGUGGUGGACGCGGCCGUUCUCAAUCCUUUGAUGGCUACGCUUUCGAGGUUGGGUAAAGGGAAGGCUGCGCUCGAGGUGCUCGACAGGUUCGAUGAAUUCGGAUGCGUUCCUGACGAUAUGUCUUACUAUUUUGCUGUAGAGGCGCUCUGUAGGCGCUCGAUGAACGACCUCGCGUGGUCCGUGUGCGAGAGGAUGCUUAAUGCGGGACGCUUGCCCGACGGCGAUAAAGUCGGGAAGAUCGUAUCUUGGCUUUGCAAGGGGAAGAAAGCCGAAUGUGCCUACUCGGUUUAUUUAGCUGCCAGGGAGGGCAACUCACCCCCUCAAUCCUGUAUAAACUUUUUGAUUGCCUCGUUGUGUCGAGAGGAUCAGACAGCGAAAUUAGGUAGGGAGUUGCUGGGUGACUUAAAAGGGGAGGCACGGAAAUAUGCUAUUAAGCCAUUUUCUGCUGUCGUUCGCGGUCUUUGCAGGAGUGGGGAUCUCAAUGGGGCGAAGGAAUUGCUCAAUAAGAUGAUUGCCGAGGGACCAGCUCCGGGAAAUGCGGUUUUUAACUAUGUGAUCAGCAGUUGUUCGAAGGCCAAGGAGAUGGGAUUAGCUAGGGAGUUGGUGAAAUUGAUGGAAGCUCGGGGAUUGAAACCUGAUGUGUAUACUUAUACCGUCAUCAUUAGUGGUUAUGCAAACGGUGGUGAGAUGGAUCAGGCCAGGGAAGUCCUGUUGGAGGCCAAAAGGAAGCACUCUACGCUGACACCAGUGACUUACCAUACGCUCAUCCGUGGCUAUUGCAAACUUGAAGAAUUUGAUAAGGCCCUCGAAUUGUUUAGUGAGAUGAAGAAUUGUGGAGUGCAGCCUAAUGUUGAUGAAUACAAUAAACUAAUUCAGUCGCUUUGCUUGACGGCGUUGGAUUGGGAGAAGGCGGAGAAAUUGUUGGAAGAAAUGAAAGAGAGAGGACUAUAUCUAAAUGGAAUCACGCGGGGGCUCAUUAAAGCCGUCAAAGAAUUGGAAAGUGAAGCAGCGGACACCAGAGAACCAACGGCUGUAGCUUAAACUACUGGUACUAGCUUGUUGGUCAAGUCCGGCAUACCUUGGACAUCCUUCCCAGUUUAUGAACAACAAAUAGGAUGUUUGGCCGAACCCUUUGUUCAACGUAGUAUGUUUUUUCUGAGUCUAUCAACAGCCGAUAGGACUUUUGACUGAAACCAUCGUCCAACAUAGUAUCGGCAGUUUUCUUUCUGCGGCUUAGAUACAUGAUGUUACAGGUCAGGAGAUGGUAACAAGUGUAAGUCAGAUCAAUUUUACUUAGGAGAGACAUAUAACGUGCUUUUGUUGUCUCCGUUUCGCCCAUAAAAAUAAGAAGAUUUGAGAGAGAGCAUGUAUUGCAUCUGGUUUUAGUCGCAACAUUUCCUUUCCACACCUUGGUCCAGCAAAACAACUAAUAACAAUUCAGAGGACAGUAGUGAUUUGUCCACGUGACUUCCUGUUUACUUGAAAGCAAAAUGAGUUUACUGAAGUUGUAUCGGUUGCUAAAAAGAAACGGAUUUGGUUUUACGGCA